GCUCGCGAGCGGCAGUGUGGCUCGAUCACGCCCGCGAUCUGACGUGUCAUGCAGUGGUGGCUCCUCACGUGCCUGGUGGCCGCGGCCGCCGCCGCCGGCAGGCUGCCCCGGACCUCGCAGACGCAGGCCACGACCCCCGCCCCCGCGCCCACUACGCCGCGCCUGCGCAAUGUCACCCUCGCCAGCCGACCCACCGUGCGCAACAGGGAGCAGUACAUCUUCAACGUGUUCGAGGUGAUUGUGAGCACGCUGGAGACCAAGCUGCAGCGGAUCGAGAACCUGGACAAGGCCGUGGAGCACCUCAUGCGCCGCGUGGAGGCGCUCGACUCGCGCGUCAACGACAACAUACACAAGACCGACGACAUCAUCUCCAAGCUCAGCAGCCUCGACCUGAAGCUGUUCAGCCACAUGAGGCCUGACGAGGAGGCCGAGCGAACCACGAGGAGCCAGGCGGCCCGGACAGAAGCAGCUAGGACCGAGGCCGCCAAGACCGAGGCCGCCCGCAGAGCCAGCGACGCGCUCCUGCUCGACCGGAAGCUCGAGUCCCUCGACCAGAAGGUGUCCGACAUCGACUCUAAGCUCGUCGGCCUCAAGAACCAGAUCGACAACAAUUUCCUGCCCGUCGACGACAUCAACGCCGAGGCCAGCGAGAAGAAGCCGAUCAGCCUCAACGUCAUCGAGAUCGCCAAGGGUCUCAACACGGAGGUGGUCUCCGAGAUCAGCAAGGAGAUCGACAUCCUGCGCAACUCCAUGUCCACCGUGGACCGUAAGCUGCAGUUCCACAUCAACCUGGUGUCGGAGAACCUGGGCAAGGUGCUGUACAUGGUGGCCGACGUGCACGCGGCCGUGGUGGAGCCCGACGCCGCCUCCAUCGACGUGCACAGCCUGUUCAAGAACCGCACCACCACCGCGGCGCCGCCCGCGCGCGCCAGCAAGAUCGACGCGCUCGUCAACAAGAUCAUCCCCAUGAUGAGCGUCUCCGAGAAGAUGGACGAGGUGUGGGACGUGGUGGUCGGCACCAAGAGCUCCGUGGACGACCUGGUGCCCAAGUCGGACGAGCUGCUGACGCAGACGCAGCGGCAGGAGCGCGCCAUCGGCCAGAUCCACAGCGACCUGCGGCUGAAGACGAACCUGAUCAUUGAGAACCUGGACAUGGUGGAGAAGCGGCUGAAGAAGCAGGAGGACGACGUGGCGACGCUGGCGCAGCGGCCCGUGCCGGCUGAGCUGCUGCUGGACCCCACCAUCGACCGGCUCGUGGAGUACGCGCCGACGCGCUACCGCGUGGACGACCCCGCGCCCGACGCCCCCCCGACCCCCGCGCCCGCGCCCGCCGCGCCCGCCACCUCCACCUACAGCCCCAACGCGCCGCCCGCGACGCCGGCGCCCGCCGCCAACGCUACCCGCCCCGCCAGCCGCAAGGGAGGCAUCAUCUUCCCGAGCGUCAAGAACAAGCCCAUCAUCGGUAACAACACCUUCGCGUCGGAAAUUGUCGCUAACUACAAGGAUGUCAAAGGCUACUCGUGCAUAGACCUGCUGAACGCCGGCAUGAGGGAGUCGGGAGUCUACUACCUGCAGAUCCGGGGCACCACCUACUGGUUCCUGAAGGUCUACUGCGAGCAGAGCGUCGCUGACGGCGGCUGGACGGUGAUCCACCGACGAGAUGACUUCGGGGUCCCGGCGGAGAACUUCAACCGCGACUGGAACGACUACAAGAACGGCUUCGGAGACCCCAGCCGCGAGUUCUGGCUCGGGAACGAGAACAUCUACAUGCUGACCAAUAAUGACGACUACAUGCUCAGGGUUGAGCUGGAAGACUUUGAUGGAAACAAGAGAUACGCGCAGUAUUCGCACUUCAAGAUCUACUCGGAAGCGGAAUACUACAAGCUCGAGAUCGAGGGCUACGAGGGCACGGCCGGGGACUCGCUCAACGACCCCUGGUACGGGUCCAACAACAGCCCCUUCUCCACCUACAACAGAGACAACGACCGCUCUUCGCUCAACUGCGCCUCGAUGCUGAAGGGCGGCUGGUGGUGGAAGUCUUGCGGCCGCGGGCUCAACGGCCUGUACCUACACGACCCUCAGGACCUCACAGCGAGGCAAGGGAUCGUCUGGUUCCGCUGGAGGGGCUGGGACUACACGCUGAAGCGCGCCUCCAUGAUGAUCAAGCCCAAGGGCGUCCAACCGAACACGUGAACCCCGCCCCCCGCACCCCCUCCCAACCGCUAGGUCACUCCACGAAACAUACCAAAUGGCACAGGCUAAGCCAUCACCAAAUUAUCAUAUCUGUCGCCGCUAUAGGUCUUAUACAGUGGUGCAAGGCAGUUCCCUUGACAUUCAACGGCCGGAUUACAUUGUGGCCAACUAUUGGUCGGUUGUUUAAGAGGGAAUUCUGCCCGGUGUCACUAUUUAUUAUCGUUAGCUGUUAGAUUAAUUCUUGCCAUAACAAUUACACCUGCUGUUUCGUGUAAUUCUUUGAAGUAAUUGUUCUAGCAUUAAUAUCGUAUUGUUUUGUUAUAGUUAAAAUCUGUUUUGCUUGCUUUGUUUCUCCAGCGACAGCUUAUUUCAAUCGCUUUUCCAAGACGGGCUGCCAUUUAUUUAAUUUGUGUAAGUACGUGUAAGCUUGUGCCAUGUCCGGUUGUUUGUCUAAUGUUUGUCACGCCUGCAUUCUACCAAAUUAAAUUUAAACUUGUGAAAGGAGUGUGAAAAUUUACAUCCCAGGAACAAUAAUACCUGCAAUCUAGUUUACCUUGUAGGCAGACAUAAUGUUUAGUACAUGUGCACUUAAUACAGGCGUGAACGCAAAUGACAUCGAGUGACAUAUCCUUACUUUAAAACUGUAAAUAUUCCCCAUCAGCGUACCAUCAUACCGUAGUUAUUGUAUAAAAAUCAUGAUCACCCAUCAUCCAAAUCGUAUUUUUCAUUAUUGGGCUCAACAUCUGUCUUGCAGCUUUCCUAAAGCAAUUUUGUAUUGUAUUUUUGUAAAUAGAAAGAAUUGCUGCAGAAGUGCCACAUCCCCAAUUUCAUUAAUUUAUUAUUCAUCAGGACUUCAGACAUCAAUAUCGUUUCAUUCUAGAUAUAGGCUUUAGUAUAAGAAAGGUUUAUAAUAAGGUGUAAAUAAAGAAAUAAUUAAUAUGAAAGUGUACUAGCUAAAGACAACGAAAACUAACAUUUGAAGAAGAAACUAUUGUAUGAAUUAUUUUCACUAUAAGUAAUGUGGCUUUUGGAUUGAUUACUCUUGUGCAUUGCUUCAGUAUCAUGUCAAAUUAGUUAUUUGAUGAAUUAUCUUCUUUAUGUUUGUCUACAAAACGUACCUGAACACUAGGACAUAUUAUUGUGUAUGUAGGUCAUAUUACUAGUGUAAGCGAAACCAGCUUCUGUCUGUAAUUUCAACAGUUCUCUGAAAUCGGCACACCUAUUUCGACUUUGAAUAAAUAAAUAUUUUGAUUUAUACAGAAUGUUGCAAAAACUGUAUCUGUACAAAGAGCAGCAUACAAAAGUACCUACGUAUUUAAAUAAAAUAAAAUAAAAUAUUGUUAUCAUUGAAAAUUGCAUAAGACAAUCUUGUAAGAUAGUAAAUAAAAAAUAUUUUUAAUAUAUAUAAACGAUCGUUUUAUUUCAUUAAUCGGAUUUUACAGUAAACUAUGCUAAUGUAUGUUAAUGUAUUAAGUUUACAAGUACUACACUGUGUUCAAUUCAUUGAGUAUUUUAUAAAUACAUCCAUCACAAUAGUUUUUUUUUUUUCAUAUAGUCCAUAAAAUAGUUCAGUACUUGUCAGUAGUAAGUAUACUAGGGGUAUGAAUCGAUUUCCACAAAAAAUAUUAAGUAUAAUUAAAUAAACUAGAAAGUAUACAACCAUAAAUUCAGUCGGCUGAGACAAGAAACAUAAAACUCAGCUGCUUAGCACAUGUUACUUAUGUACCUAUAACCUAUUCAAAUCAUAUGUAGCUAUAAAUGAAAGACAACAUUUUUGUUACUACUUACCUACUGAAUUUAAUGCACAUAUUCGAAGUAAAAACUAAUUCUUUACUGAGUAACAUUCUAGGUAGAACGAUGUUUUUACGACAUUAGUUAAUUAUGUUUCUAUUGAUAUAUUUUAAUACAAAAUAUUAUACAUGGAUCCUGUUGAAGAGACACGAAAACAUUAAUUAUGUGAAUACAGAGAAUAAGCGACACAAAUAAAUAUAAAACCAUUACGGUUUCAUAAAACAUCGAUAAUACAGAAGGUUAACGUGGCACCAAACGAAUUGCCUUUUGUCCGCAAGACUUUUCUCAU